AUGCCUAAUUACGCGCGGCAGAGCGCCCUGGAUCUGGAUGAGAUAUACGGCAGCUAUGUCAAAAACGAGAGCAACAUCGCUAUGAUGAGAAACAUUCGCACCAAGGAGAAAAUGAACAGCGCUCGUCACUGCGAGGACAAGGAGUGUGGCCGCAGUCCAAGCAUGAGAUGUGUUAGUGCGCUGCACUUUUGUUGGUGUCUUGCUCCCGUCGUCGACAAAGACAAGAGGUCAGAUACAUGCGGCCAAGUCGUGGUAUGUGGGCAGCGCUUCCAGUGCAUCUCCCCCAAAGGAUGCGCUAGACAUCCAUAUCUUGAAGGCUUUAAUAUCGACAUCAGGGAUGCGCGCAACGGCUACCCUACCACCGAGGUCAGAUGGAAGCUCAUCUUCGAGUUGUUCAAAACUGAACACGAUGCAGCAUUGGCGGAUAACGCGGAGCAACAAGAACUGUCAAGAGAGUGGGACGGUAUGACCGACCAUCAAAAGCGGCGCCAGCGGAAACUGCAGGACCAAGCCGCGUUCCAGAGACGUCGCGAACAAGAGCGCACUGCUGGCCGACAGGAGAUCAAUGGGUCGCCGUUGAUAGAUGAAGAGAUGUUCCUGGCAGAGGACGAAGACAUUGUAGGUGUUGCAGUUGGAUCUUAUGGUUUGUGCAUCGCGUAUCGAGUGCCAUCUACUAGACCAACAGUCAGACUAACAUACGCCAUCAAGGGUGAUUACAGGCCUACAACGCCCGCAUCUGACGUAUUUUCAUCUGCGAAAGCGACACUGAGAACGCGUCCUAUCGUAACUCUUCUUCUGACCAAAGACUCCGAGUCACUGUCUGCUCCUACAGAUACGGGCGAAGUCGCAGACCAGCAAGCACCCAUCAAGCUACCCGCGACUCGACUUCAUCGGAAAGUUACUGGGACACAGGGAAUCGGAGUUGCCUCAGAGCCCGAUGGGAAAGAUGACAUGACUCCUAGAGUGAGGGAUGGUAUUAAAGGCAGUAACGCGGGCACCAGUGUAAAGGUCGGUUUGCGCAAUAAGACUGGAAGGUACGUAUGCGUAUGA